AUGGCUUUGAAUUUUUUAGACCAUCCUUGCUGUAAAAUUCUACAACAGCGACUACGGACAUCACUUGGUGGCAAUACAAGAACUCCAACACCAACUGCUGGUGGUCAAGAUAAGCGAGACUAUCAGGACUCUCGUUUUAUGCAAAACGUGCUGUACGGAUCCGUUCCGGCGCAGAAAACUGUUUACCAUCAACGUUCCGUCUCAUCGGCACCACUAGCCGAACAGUUCGGAGGAUCGCGAAAAAGCCACGUUCAUCAGCGUGAAACACCCGGAGCAUCUUCAGCCCAACGUUGUGGUGACCGUGCGGUAUCGGCUUUUGUGGUACCGUCUGGGAUGCCGUCACAAUCGCAAUUCGGAAGUCGUGCCAGUCAAAUGGACUAUCGAGGAAUAUCUCCAACAAACAGUCAGAAGAGCAUGAGUAAUGAAUUUCCCGGUUUUUUUUUCGAAUUGGUUUCGCAGUUUUUGUGGAAAGGAAUUGAUCCAAAUGGAUGUGACAGCAAACUCAGAAAGGAAAUCGAUUAA